CUGGCUCAGGUUCCAGCUCUUACUAAUAAUUUUUAUUAUUUUAAGAUAACAUCUCCCUUUCUGCCCUGGCCUGGCCUAGCCUGGAUCUCAUACACAGAAAUCCCCCUGCCUCUACCUCUCAAGUGUGGGAGUCGGGUGUGCACCACGGUGGCUGCCCCAAGCACCUAGCUAGACUAUGUGGAUAGCACCAGGGAUUCUAGUUGGGUAAUAAUUUAGAGUCAGAGUUCAUGGGUGUUAGGGCCUAAGACACACAGACACGAGUUUAGACUGUACACCUGCCUGGUCAUCUUGCUUUGUCUUACGCCACACGCCCCAAUCUUAGCACGUAUCUGAAAAGGAAACUGGUUUCGCGUCCCUGUUGCUUUGGGAACUCCUGUUUCUUUGUAUGUGGCUCCCUCUGGCGGGUGUUGAUGGUAAGGAAGUAAGAUCAGAUAUAAGACUGACAUACCACUCUGAGAGAAUGAAGUGGGGCAACUCUCCCAACUCCUAAUGACAGCCACCGGAAUUGUCAUACACUGUGUCUCUGCAAUCUACCCACAAUCUAGUCCCCACAAUAAUGAAUAGGAAUUAAUUCUAAUUCUCAGACAGAUUUGAAGACCUGGAAUCAAAUUCUUUGCAGCAUUUAGGAUCCUCAAAUGAUCUUACCAUCUUACCAAUCUGUUUUUCUAGCUUCAAUUAUUGUCUUGGUUUUAUUUACCAUUAAUACAAAAUGCCCCAACAAAAGCAGGUCGGGGAAUGAGUUUAUUUUAUCUCACAGUCCAAUUGUAGACCAUAUGAUAAUCAAGGCAGCGGUAACUUGAAGCUGCUAGUCACAUCCACCGUCAGGAGCAGAGAGGACAGAUGCGUAACACUCAUUUUCUCCUCAGUCCAGGACCCAAACCUCGGCGUGAUUAAAUGAGUCCUCCCUCUUUGUUGACAUAAUUAAGAUAGUAUAGGCCAACCGGAUCAAGAAAAUGCCUCUUUGAAAUUCUUCCCCAGCUAUUCCAGGUUGUGUGUCCGGUUCACAAAACUAAUCUCAAAUAUGCUCAAGCCGACCAGACUCUUCUGGAGGAAAUGCUAACUUGAAGCAUUGUGCUGCCGGGUGGUUGUUGGCACACGCCUUUAAUCCCAGCACUUGGGAGGCAGAGGCAGGGGGAUUUCUGAGUUUGACGCCAGCCUGGUCUACAAAGUGAGUUCCAGGAUAGCCAGGGCUACAGAGAAACCCUGUUUGGGGGGGGGGGAGGAAGCAUUGUGCUGUGUCCUGCCCCUUCAGACUACAGGCCUGUCAAAACAACAUGGGACCUCAAACUGGCUAGAUGGCUCAGUGGUUAAGAGCACUGACUGUUCUUCCAGAGGUCCUGAGUUCAAAUCCCAGCAACCACAUGGUGGCUCACAACCAUCUAUAGUGAGAUACGAUGCCCUCUUCUGGUAUGUCUGAAGACAGCUACAGUGUACUUACAUAUAAUAAAUAAAACUAGAUUAUUAAAAAAAAGAAAAACAAAAAAUCAUGAGGCCUUUGCUUAGUUUAGCUCAGUGUUCAGGCUGGCCAUUGCGGCAGAAACUUUUAAUCCCAGCAGAGGCUAGAUUUCUGAGGUUGGAGGCCAGCCAGGACUAAUGAGUGAAACCCAAUCUCAAAAAGCUUCCCAGUGGCUUGCUUUGUUAUUAUCUCUGUAAAACAUAAAAUGUGAAGUUUGACAAGAACAUAGGUAUGAGGGCUGAUGUAUGGAAGGGCUAACCACACAAAGAAUGAAAGUGACCCAAGAGAUUAGAACAAGAACACCCUUGAAUGGUCUUAUAUUAAUCAUCUAAAAUGUCUUUGGGAGACCAAAUCACUUGGCAGCUGGGGUGGCUGCAGGUGACAUUUCUUCAAAGCCUUUGCUUUCAUCAGCCAUCACAAGGAAAUCUCAAGAUUUCUUUCUUGAUAGCUGUAGUGUAUAUACUAUGAAAACAUCUCAUUUUACCUCACUUAGAUCACUAAUUCCCCCUCCCCUCGAGCCAGCCACUUGUCUGGAGUUGCAGGGCUGUUGGAGUGCUUUGACUUCUCAAUCAUUUGCCCACUGGAACUUCAAGAAGACUCAGCCACAAAUGGACUGAGGGAGGCAGAUUUCCCAGGGGAGAAUCAUCUUUCUUAUUGGAAACAAUGGAUGUCCAGCAAGCGGUCAUAACAAAGCCGGUUGGACCCAUGGGUGCCCUUGCUGUCUUACACUGAGUUGUAGGUAUGCCAAGUCAAUUCAGUAAAUAUUUCCUGGGAAUUCGCUAUGUACGAUGUUCGUAUUUUUUACACUGUAGAUUCAUAAACAUUACCAACUCCACAGGCAGUUACCAGAUUCAAGAGAUGUUUCAUCCCGUAUGGUACAAACACACUUUACAAACCAACAAAAGACCAUGCUAGAGAUUAAUCCCAGGGCCUUCCAACAGACACUGGACCAUUCAACAAAACUUACUCAUCUCAGAAACCAGGUCUGACCCCUCCUAGGAAGUUGUUUUCAUACUAUCCUCUGCCUACUGCUAAAAGGGAUCGUUCAAAACAUCCUGUUUCUUCAUUCAGGUGUAGCAAUUUGUUAUCUCUGUCCCCAGGAUAUAGCAGUAACUGAAAAUAUGGCUAGGUGUCACCCACAUUCCCGCAGAUGGCCCGGCUUUGGUGUAUGUUUGGCGCUCACAGAGACUGGAGGAGAGCAUCAAAUCCCCUAUACUGGAUGCACAGACCCUUGUGACCUGCUGUGUAUGGGUGUUGGGAAUUGGGUUUGGGUCCUCUAGACUCUGCUAAGUUGUGCUAACCAGUGAGCCAUCUCUCUGGCAAUUUUCUGUGUUACUGUGUGUGUGAGGUGAGGUGCCAGUGCCCUCUGAGACCAGCGACAGGAUCUCCUCCUGUAUCCUAGUUAGGUUUCUAUUGCUAUGAUAAACACCAGGACCAGCCAGGCAUGGUGGCACACGCCUUUAAUCCCAGCACUUGGGAGGCAGAGGCAGGUGGAUUUCUGAGUUUGAGGUCUGUAGAGUGAGUUCCAGGACAGCCAGGGCUACACAGAGAAACCCUGUCUUGAAACAAACAAACAAAAACCACCAGGACCAAGAGUAGCAUGGUAAAGCGAUUUCUUUCAUUGUAAAGUUAUGGUUUCUCAUGAAGAGAAGUCAGCAGGAAUCUGGAGUCAGAAACUGAAGCAGAGGCCAUGCGGAGAGGUGGCACUACCCACAGUGGGCUGAGCCCUCCCACAUCAGUCAUUAAGAAAAUGCCUGCAUGCUUGCCUAUUGGCCAGGCUGAUGGAUGCAGUUGUCAUCCCCACAUUACUUACCCUCCUUUUUACUUCUUAAACAUAUCAGGCUGAAUGUCCUUGCAUUAUUCCUCUGUCUAGAAUCUUCCCUCUCCCCCAGAUACUUCCUCUGACUCAUUUCAAGGAAGCCUGCUUUCUUUCCCCAUCCUAUUUAAACCUGCAUCUGGACACUCCCGUUUUUCCUUUCAUCCUGCUUUCUCUUCUAAUAUACUACUAGGGGCUAAUAUACUACAGAAUUUACUAAUUUUCAUGUCUGUCUGCCCUUAUAAUUUAAAAUCUGUAAAAUCUAUAAAUAUCUUCUAAUUUGUUUGAUUAAUAUGUGUCAAGCAUUAUGAUAACCUGUGAAGUCACCAGACAAUUAAAAUUGCUUGUGAGGAGCCGGUGUCAUGGUCGUGGUGCUCGCAUUUAAUCCUAGCACUUGGGAGUUAGAGGCUGGUGGGUCUCUCCUUUCGAGGCCAGCCUAGUUUACAAAGUGAGUUUCAGGACAGCCAGGGCUACACAGUGAAAACUUGUCAAACAAAACAACAGCAGGGCUGGCUUGAUGGCUCAGUGGGUAAGAGCACUUACUGCUCUUCUGAAGGUCUUGAGUUCAAAUCCUAGCAACCACAUGUGGCUCACAACCACCUGUAAUGAGAUCUGACGCCCUCUCCUGGUGUGUCUGAAGUCAGCUACAGUGUACUUAUAUAUAAUAAUAAAUCUUUGGGCCCCAGUGAGGGGGGUUGACUGGUGCGAGCACAGGUCCUAAAAAUUCAAUUCCCAACAACCACUUGAAGGCUCACAACCAUCUUUACAGCUACAGUGUACUCACAUAAAAUUAAAAAAAAACUUAACAAUAAUAUAAAGAUUGCUUAUGAGGCUGAGAAUAUAACUGAAUGAUAGAACACUUGCCUAGCCUGUAUGAGGCCCUAAUUUUAAUCUCCUACCCUCACCCCCAUAGACUGCUUAUUAGUCUUGCAAGGGAAGAAAUUACACUAACAAUAACAGUAGCUACUUGCUUCCUCUGUUAAGUGUUUGCCAAACAUGAUGGCUAACACUGAUUAAAACAGGUACUACAUGGAUUGUCUCAUUUAAUCUUCCAUGCCUACAAGAUAAUUUGUGCUUGCAUUAGGUUUGAUUUCCAUCCCUGAAUAAAUCUGUCAUAGUGAGAGUAAUAAUUCCGACACUAUGAAGCAGGAUCAGAAAUUCAAGGACAUCCUCUAAUCCAUAGCAAAUUCAAGGACAGCCCAGGCUACCAGAGGCUCUGUCUUAAAAACCAAAAUCAAAGGGCUGGCGAGAUAUCUCAGCAAGUAAAGGUUCUUGUAGCCAAGCCCGAUAGCCUACGUGUUAGGCUACAUGGUAGAAGAACCAGUACUACUACCAGUUGUCUUCCCAAGUCCACUGCUCUGCGCAUCCCUCCCUCUCUCCGGCACACCAAAUUCUAAAAUGUUAAGAACCCUAAUAGGCGGUUAUUAUUAAUACCCAUUAACACUAUUUCGAAAUUUGAAAAUGGCAGGCACAGGUUCUUAGCUAAGGUGGUGGCAGUGAAAUCAACAGUGGAGAACAUGAGAAUCAAACAUGAGAAAUGGAUAGAGUUUAGGGUCAUCAAGAUGAGGCCAAAAAUUGGAUAUAGAGUUUUGGAGGAAAGGGGAAGUGACUCGUAGAUUUUGACUGGGGUGGGCCAAAGCACACUAAAGCCUAAGAGUUCUGAAAGCCCAGUUUGGGACUCGCUGAGUAUGAGGUGACUGUGUUGUACAAAAACAGGACUUCACUAGAGGCAAAAGGCCGCUCUGGUGUCCUCCUCUAAGUCAGAACAGGGUGAAGAAACACGGGAGGUGGGUUCGCCCGCUCCAGAAUCUCUUGAGCAGCAGCUGCGGGAAAGGCGUGGGGAAAGGCAAGACAAAGAGCGUUAGCACAGCUUUUGUCCAAACGGCCCCUUUAAGAAGCGCGCUCCCGACUCCCAGCCCGCCUAGCAUGCAAAUUGAGCAGCCGGAGGGAGCGUGCGGCUGAUACCCGGCCCGGGCUGCGGCGGUUAGUCCUCUCUCGGCCGCCGUCGCCUCCGACAUAUUGCCCGCAGGAGCUGCGGCGGUGAGCGGAGAGCGCCGGGGGAAGGAGAUGGGAGGACGAAGAGGUCCCAACAGGACAUCUUACUAUCGAAACCCGCUCUGUGAGCCAGGAUCAUCAGGGGCCUCUGGUGGAGGCCACUCUUCUAGUGCAUCCGUGAGCAGCGUCCGUUCUCGAAGCAGGACCACUUCUGGGACGGGCCUCUCCAGCCCUCCGCUGGCCGCGCAGACCGUUGUGCCUCUACAGCACUGCAAGAUCCCCGAGCUGCCCGUCCAGGCCAGCAUUCUGUUCGAGCUCCAGCUCUUCUUCUGUCAGCUCAUAGCCCUGUUCGUGCACUACAUCAACAUCUAUAAGACAGUCUGGUGGUAUCCACCCUCGCACCCACCCUCCCACACUUCCCUGGGACUGUCCCACUUCCCUUCUCUGGGUCCUGUUCUACUCCUCUAGAACUUCCACCUGAUCGACUUCAACUUGCUGAUGGUGACCGCCAUUGUUCUGGGCCGCCGAUUCAUCGGGUCCAUCGUGAAGGAGGCUUCUCAGAGGGGGAAGGUCUCCCUCUUCCGCUCCAUCCUGCUGUUCCUCACCCGCUUCACCGUUCUCACGGCGACAGGCUGGAGUCUGUGCCGGUCCCUCAUCCACCUCUUCAGGACCUACUCCUUCCUGAACCUCCUGUUCCUCUGCUAUCCGUUUGGGAUGUACAUUCCGUUCCUGCAGCUGAACUAUGAUCUUCGCAAGACGAACCUCUUCACCCACAUGGCUUCCAUGGGACCCCGAGAGGCAGUCAGUGGCCUGGCAAGGAGUCGGGACUACUUUCUGACACUGCGGGAGACUUGGAAGCAGCAUACACGACAGCUAUAUGGCCCGGAAGCCAUGCCCACCCAUGCCUGCUGCUUGUCACCCAGCCUCAUUCGCAAUGAAGUUGAGUUCCUCAAAAUGGACUUCAAUUGGCGAAUGAAGGAAGUACUUGUCAGCUCCAUGCUGAGUGCCUACUAUGUGGCCUUUGUACCUGUGUGGUUUGUGAAGAAUACACAUUACUAUGACAAGCGCUGGUCCUGUGAGCUCUUCCUGCUGGUGUCCAUCAGUACCUCCGUGAUCCUCAUGCAGCACUUGUUGCCUGCCAGCUACUGUGACCUGCUGCACAAGGCCGCCGCCCACCUGGGCUGCUGGCAGAAGGUGGACCCAGCUCUGUGCUCCAAUGUGCUGCAGCACCCGUGGACUGAAGAGUGCAUGUGGCCACAGGGUGUGCUGGUGAAACACAGCAAGAAUGUCUACAAAGCAGUGGGCCACUACAACGUGGCCAUCCCCUCCGAUGUCUCCCACUUCCGCUUCCAUUUCUUUUUCAGCAACCCCCUGCGGAUCCUCAACAUCCUUUUGCUGCUGGAGGGUGCCGUCAUUGUCUACCAGCUGUACUCCUUAAUGUCCUCAGAGAAGUGGCACCAGACCAUCUCCCUGGCCCUCAUCCUCUUCAGCAACUACUAUGCCUUCUUCAAGCUGCUCCGGGACCGCCUGGUAUUGGGCAAAGCCUACUCCUACUCAGCCAGCCCCCAGAGGGACCUGGACCACCGGUUCUCCUGAGUCCCAGGGUGAUCCUCCAAACAACAUCCGGGCUUCACCCAGGGGCUUCCUGGCCAAGGGCUCUUGGGGUUGGGGGGGAGGGAUACAAAAAACAAAAACAAAAAACAACAAAAAAAAACCAACCCACCAGAGCUUUGUAUUUUUGUUACGUACUGUUUCUUUCUUUGAUAAUUGAUGUGGUAAGAAAAAAGUCUUAUUUUUAUACUCUGAA